AGUUCUUCUAUCGUAUAUUCAGACUAAAUCAUAUUAAUUGACAUAUCUAACAUCACAAAUGAAUUUAGACGCGAGAGACAUAGAGUGAAUAACACGCGGUUGUAAUAUAAUACAUAAAUCGCUUUAUUUUAGGGAAUUGUCUCAUUAAAACAUGUAAAAUGGACAAAAUAAAUUACUGCUUCAUAGCUGUUGAAAAUCGUGCAAGAAUUACGUGAAAAACUUGUGCCGGAAAAAGUAUGUUUUCUGAAAGAAAAACAGACAAUCAGUGCAGUGAUGUGAAAGAAUGGGCGAGGAGUUCAACACUUCACGGUAUCAAAUAUGUAGCGAGCGCAGACGCAUGGAUACGGAAAUUGAUGUGGUUGAUCUUCGUUCUAGCCUGUCUAACUGGCGUCAUCUUUCAAAUUGUUGAUAGAGUUGGAUACUUUUACGAUCGCCCUAUCGCUGUCAACGUGAAGAUCAACUACAACCAAACGCUUGACUUUCCUGCUGUCACAAUCUGUAACCAAAACGCAUUCAGAGCAACAAAGGCCGCCGAGAGUCAUAGAUACCGAUUAAUAGAAUAUAUAUUUUCAACGACAGGAAAAAUUAGCAUGGAAAAACUUGAAAAGUUCAAUUCUACAGAUCUUAGUCUUGAGGAGCUGUAUACAUCCCUUGCUCAUACAAAAGAAGAUUUCAUCGUAAACUGUGUAUGGAAGAAUGGGGAAUGCAGCCGCAACGAUUUUGAAAUGAUACUCACGGACCACGGUGUUUGUUACAUUUUCAAGAAGGAAAAACGGGAUAUGCUUGUCGCGUCAUCUGGCGUUGAUUCCGGAUUAAGAGUGACAUUGAAUGUUGAGCAGUACGAGUAUAUGACUGGUCCACAUGACUCAGCUGGUAUUAAAAUUUUGCUACACGAUGCACGAGAAAUGCCUUUUGUUCAUGAACUAGGACAGGCUGUCCCAACGGGAACACACGCAUUUGUUGGUGUUAAGUUUAUGACGAUUGACAAUCUACCGAAGCCGUAUGGAGAAUGCGACACGAAACAGUUAGGACAUACUGAUUAUUAUACAACAGAAGAAUGCUAUCUCGAUUGUCUGGUAAACCUGGCCAGGGAAAGGUGUGGGUGUAGGGAUAUCUAUAUGCCAGAUUCUACAGGAUCAACUCCAGUUUGUACGUUAGGCAAGUAUUAUUCUUGCCUUGUGGACUUGAAAGCUGAAUUUUCAACAUCUUUGCGGGAGGAUUGCGGUUGUCCGGUACCUUGUUAUUUCGCCCUUUACGAUCCUUCAGUAUCUUAUGCUUCCAUUUCGAACCAUCUAGUAAGCAAGCUGUUAACGUCAUCUGAAGCAUCAUUAUUGGUAGAUAAGCUUGAAAAUGCAUCAGAGAUCACUUCAAAGAUGGACAGGGAUACUUUUGAAUAUUUUAAAUCGAUUGCUGAUACAUUUUACAAUAAAUUCACUCAAUUAACAGAAGUCAUUGCUUCUAUUUCCAACUGCCUUUCUAGCCAGAGAAAUGUAACAGAAGAAAUCGUCUCGGAAAUGACGGAUGUUUAUAACGUCAAAGAGAGAAUAUAUAGAUAUCAAGACUAUUCGAUUGAAAAGAACUUUUUACGUGGCCGUGAGGCGAUGGAAGAAAGAACUCUAAACAAUGUGGCAAACGCAUAUGCUGAAUUUGCAAUGCUUAAUAAAAGGCGAAUAAUUCGGCUGGCGACAGAGAAUAACACUGACGAUACUGGUAGAUUUGAGCUAUACAAGCUUGUAACUGACGAUCUAAUUGUGAGGCAAGAAAUUGCUGAAAAGGCACGGGCAAAUAUAACACUAUUGUUGAACGCGUAUAUAACAGGAACACCUAUUUUUAAUUACAAAUUUGAGGAUUUGCCGAGAGCACAUAAUCCGUUUAUUGUUCCAAAACCACUAAUGAACUACUCAAUGAAUCACAAUCACUAUAUGAUUAAAUACGUCCCGAAGUUAAAUUCAAGUGACUUUGAUUUAAUGUAUUCCGUCUUGGACAUGUUCAUUGAACAGGCAUCAAUAGCUUAUGAAAAUCGAACUGUGAACGAAUCUACAUUGAAUUACGUGUAUGAAAGAUUUCAGUUCGCAUGUCGGACAUACAUGUUUAGUAAAAGCGUUGUAUACACUCAAGGUAUAGAAUUACCCUCUAGGGUCAUUCAGGAAAGACUUUCUAAUUUCAAAAAUGAAUGGUCUUCUUUUAAUUCAGAUAUUGUUGAUUUAAGGCAAAAUAUGAAUUCUCUAACAACACUUUUGAAAAAUGUUACAACUAAUAUAUUACCUGACUUGGAGAGAAUUAUAUUCCAAAUGAGGAAUUACACAGAAAAUUCAGAAGGACAUCUUAUGCAGUUAGCAAACGUUUUUCUUUCAAAUGAGACAAAAUUGUUGACUAACAUCUUAAAGAAUUUCUUUCAAGAAGUUCAAACAAGAGGUCAACAAAUACACGACUCUGCAAAUCUCCUUCAUAAACCAAUAGAAAACAUUUGGACAACCAUCAUAACAGACGAAGAUUCCAUCGAAUAUUACAACUAUACGGACAAUGUCCUGUUUCUGAGAAAUCUAUCCGUUGUUCUGCGUGAGUGGGCUGACAAUGUGAAUGAAUUAAAAGACCUUGACGUUCGGAGGCAUGUGUUUAACAAAGAUGAAGACUAUUUCGUUGCAAAUGAUGCAGUGACAGUACACCUUGAAGAGUUUAAAGAUGCCAUCGUCGUUGACGGGAUGUUUUUGAAACAAAAUUUCCUACAGCUGGACAUAUUCUACCGGCAGCUAAGCUACGAGUAUAUCAGUCAGCACAAGGCUUACGACUUUUUCGCUUUAAUUUGUGAUAUUGGAGGAGCUAUGGGUUUGUUUAUCGGAGCCAGCAUGUUAACAAUAGUAGAAAUCAUUGACUUGUUCCUCAUACAGCUACCGAUAUUCAAACGAAAGGAAGAAAAACAGAAAAAUGGAGUAGCACUUACCUAGAUAGCAGAAGAUAUCCGAAUAAUGUGCAGACGAACCGAAAUUCAAAUGUUGGUACAAUGAAAGUGUUUACUUGAAGUACCUUCCUUGCAAGGGAUACAUUAUCGUUUAAAGCUGAAAAGCACAAACAUUAAUAAGUUAAUAACUUAUUUCAAUCGAUAAGUUUUUUAUGAAGCAUAUUACUGUGAUUCUUUUACAUUGAUAUAUGUAUUAACUGACGUCAUUUAUUUUGUUCAGUGACGAAAUAUGUUAUUCUUAGAUGUCAUAGAAUUGACUUGUUUAAAUAAAUGAUUAUUGGUUGUAACUAUGGGAACAUAGUUCACAGUAAUACUAUGAAAUCAGACGGUCAUUAAAGCUGAUGUCAUAUUUUGUUUUAAAAUGCAUUACUUUAUCAUAUUCUUCAUAUCAGCGACAUUAAAAUAUGCAGCAAACGAAA